AUGUCUACUCAAGACGCGCGUGGUAUUCUGUUCACGCAUACCCGUCCACAAGAAGGGUUCCGGUUACUGGAACUUACCCCAGAACUGGAAGAACUACUGACAUCAAAAGAUGCGCCUAUUCUCGAACUCAAAUCGCCCUCCGCAGCCCUCGCACAAGCAGUAGUCGACCCCGCCGCCCACGAUUACGUUAACCUAUGCACACCAACACAAACAUAUCGCAUCCGCCAAGUCCAGUCCUCAAACUCCCUGCACAUCCUCCGCCCAAGCCGCGGCGAAAUCUCCCAAGCAGACAUAAAAGUCGUUGAGGACGAUGCCGGCGAAAGUGGCACAUUGAACCUUCCAGAUGAAGCUGUAACGGCCAUUGCAAAGUGUUCUUCGACACUAGAACUGCACAUCCCCCCGGGAGGGUUCUCGGCCAUUCCGUUCUUGGAGAAGAGCCUACGGCUAUAUGACCGACGCAGUGACGAUGACGGAGACAUAGCGAUGGGCGGUUCAGCUGACUCCACGGGGCCCCUAAGCUCCGAGGAGAUGCGCACGGCUAGGGAUAAUUUGUGUCAGGAUAUCCCUGUGUCAACAGCGCAGUGCGAGCAGGGCUGGAUGGAGCUUUGUGCAUUUGUCGAUGGGGCUGGAGAGAUGGCGUGUUGGCGGCCCUCAGCGCGGUCUCGAUUAGCUGUCUGGAAGCGGUUAGUUGAGGGCGCUGUUUUGCAGGGCAUUGAUCUCGAGAAGCAGUUUCUCGUUGGGGACUUGUGGAAGUCUGUUCUAGAUGAUGAUGAGGAGAUGGAGCCGCCCUUCCCACGCGCGUUGUUGGAGGCUGUUGUGAGGCGCAUCUGCAUUGCGAAUGAAAGGCCGCCUUUGGUGGAUGAUAUUAAAUGGGCGAGCUUUGAUAAGUCUGAGUGUACGCAGUGGGUGGGCGAGACAUAUCUGGCUGCCACUGCCCCGACUGCCUCGUCUGCUAUUGUAAGAAGUGAUUUCCUUCGCGCCUGGAAGGACUGUCUACCUGAGACAUGGAGAGGAGAGGCAACGCUGUCAUUGCUGGAUGGCUGCUACAACAGUCCCGACCCCACGACUAUUUACUUUGUUGAACCAGCGCAACGGAAUCCAACGAACAAAACUACAUCUGCACCAGCCACAGCCGCGAAGGCUAAGAAUACCAGGAAUUGGCACGAACUGCUCAAAGGCCGUCGUUGA